AGAAAGCACCAGAGCAAGGAGAAGUGGCGGCUAGCCGGGACUCUGGAGGCUAACAUUAGGAGAUUGAAGGACGGUGGUAGAUCAGAGAAGCCUGUCAGGUAAAGAGCACUGGAACAUGGAAAGAUGGUGGCAGCUGACCGAUAUCUGCGCCGGAACCAAGGGAGAAUGAGGAAUGAUGAAGGAACAGUCCCUAUGGGGCUAGAUUAAAAAGACUUUUGCUAAAGCCACCUGCAGCCGUCUUAAGAACAUUCCCUACUUUUUUUUUGUCAACAUUAUUUUUUUUGAAACAAAGCUUUUAACAACCUUCCGUUUUUUUGCAAUUGAAUGUACACAAAACUUCUGAUUUUUCAACUCCUUUGAAUUACAAUUGUGUACAUCACAGGUGUGGUGGAGCUCUUGCUCGCAGUAUUCAUGUUCCUAACUGCACUACUGGAAUUAUUCAACAGUUUCUGGUUCAAUUUAAGUCUUAGCUGCCUCAUGGUCUACAUUUCUGGGUGUCUCUGUGGUCUGAUGUACUACUGUUUGUCCAUGGAGGCCAGCCCUGAGGCCGGAGACGAAGGAUGACCUCUGGAGGAUGGCCACGAGGACAGUUUCUCUGCUGCAGGACUGCGGCACACAAACCUUGGGGGCCACCAACUGCAGCACACGAACCUUGGGGGCCACCGACUGCAGCACACGAACCUUGGGGACCCAUGACAAAGAGGAGUUCAGGGUGAGAGAGGCUGGAACAUCCACUGCUCCCAUAGAUCUGAAAAAUGACCCAGACUAUGCAGGUCGUGUAGAGUAUGGAACUGGCUGCACUGUGAGAAUCAGGAAUAUUGGAGAGGCUGACUCUGCUUUCUACAAGAUAAGGUUUAAAACAAAUCACAAACAUGGAAUAUAUACAGGCGUUCCAGGUGUUAAGCUGUCUGUCUCUGGCCUCAAGUUAAAUGUGACCAAAUCAGAGCGCAGAAAUAAUCAUAAUUGGACAGAGAUGAAAUGCAAAAGCAGUUGUCUGCCGGAUCAACAUCCCUACAUCUGGAUCAAGAACGGACAGGAAAUUUUGGCAGAGAGCUCCUCAUUUUUUUCGUAUGAAUUUCGUGAUAAAGAGCACAUUUCAUGUGCUGCAAAAGGAUAUGAGAAGUUCCCCUCUCCAUCAGUGUAUGUGCCAAAGCUGCCCUCUGUGUCAUUGAAUACUGCAGGUGAAAUACUGGAGGGCAGCUUUAUAAUUCUAACCUGUACCAGCGAUGCUAAUCCAGCCGCUACUUACACCUGGUACAAGAAGGAUUCUACUGGUCCUCUUAGCAAAAACUCACAACUUGUCUUCAGGUCUAGUCAAUCUUCUGACUCAGGGGAGUAUUACUGUACAGCUGCGUAUAUUUUGAAAAUCAUGACAUCUGAAGUCAUCUUUAUCGAUGUAAAAUAUGCACCAAGGCCCCCCAUUGUUUCACUUCAUUCAUCAGGGGAUGUGGUGGAGGGAAGCUCUGUGACUUUGGUUUGUAGCAGUGAUGCUAAUCCACCAGCUAAAUACACAUGGUACAAGGAGGAUGAACCUGAUCCACGCAGCAAAGAGUCAAAGCUUGUUUUAAAAUCUAUUCAGUCUUCUGACUCUGGAAAAUAUUUCUGCACAGCUCAAAAUAAGUUCCUCAUGAUGACAUCUAAGAAUAUCAUAGUUGAUGUAGAAUAUGCUCCCAGGCUUCCGGUGGUGUCUAUGAUUCCUUCUGGUGAAAUCAAGGAGGGCAUGUCAUUAACACUGACAUGCAGCAGUGACGCCAACCCUGCAGCUAAUUAUAGUUGGUUUAACAAAAAUGAAAAAUGGCCACAGUAUUCAAGUCAGAACUUGACGAUUGCAAAUAUAGGCCAACAACACAGUGGGCUUUAUUACUGUGAAGCCAUCAACAGAAGAGGAAGUCACAAAUCUGCUAUACAUGUUACUGUUUUUGCAACGAUGCACUUCAAAAUAAUGAAUAUCACGAAGCUGGCUGUGGCUAUACUGUUGCUGCUGAUACUUCUUUCUCUUUUGAUGAGGAAAAAGAAAGGAAGUAGCCAAAAAACUGAGUCAAAGGAAUAUGAAGAGCAUCUCGAGCUCAACCUGGAUCCUGAGUAUGAGAACAUCUCUACUUUAAGAGCCUUCAUUGGAUUCCAGAAGGAGAGAGAGAAGGAAAACAACGCAAUGUGAAUUUAGGACAUGCUACAGAAUAUUGUAAAAAAAAAAAAAAA